UUAAUCCAUAUCAAGGUAAAAGAUCCUUGCCCUGUUAGCAAGCACACGUGGUUAGGCAUUUUAAGUCUCCAUAUAAAUAAAACAAUAGUAUACUGUAAAGAGACUUUCUCUGUCCCACAAGAUAGCCCCCAAAUAACAACAUGGAGAAUUCUUAUUAAUUAUGAAUGCUCGGCCUUUGCUUGUUUCUAACUAGCUCUUACAACUUAAUUUAACCCAUUUCUAUUCAUCUGUGUGUUGCCAUGUGGUUCAUGACUUUUACCUCUCCUCCUGCAUGUUCUGCUUCCUCUGUAUCUGGCUGGUGACUCAACCUUUCUUCUUCCCUGGGUCCUCUCUAUCCCCAGAUAUUCCACCUAAACUCUUCCUGCCUAGCUAUUGGCCCUUCAGCUCUUUAUUAAACCAAUCAUAGUGCACAUCUUCACAUAGUGUAAAGGGAUGAUCCUCAACAGUAUGGGAUAGAGCUGCCGGCCAAGCCAUGUCUGUUGGCGCUCAUCUCUAAGACCUCAGCUUCUGCAGUCUUCAAAGUCAGCCGCUGUGUCAUUCAUUAACUGUUUUUGCAGGGGAGGAUAAAGACAGGGCUUCUCUGUGCAGCCUUGGCUGUCCUGGAACUCACUGUGUAGACCAGCCUGGCCUUGAACUCAGAGCUCCUCCUGCCUCUGCCUCCCAAGUGCUGGGACUAAAGACAUGCACCUCCAGCUCCUGGCAGUUCACUAAAUCCUACAAUAAGACUUUCCAGUCUCACUUGCAGCACCUGUCAGUAGCUUAGAGACCUGGAAAGUCAUCAGGUGGCCUUGUGCUCCAUUCCCUGAUGCCAUAAUCCAUUGGUUUCUCCCACCUCUCCGGGUUUUCAUGAGCUUCUUGACAUCUCCUUCUAGUAUAGUCUCUAUUUAUCCCAUGAUUCAUUGGGAAUAAUUUCCAAGCUGUGAAAUCUCAUGCCAUGGCAUACCCUUCUGGUAGGUGAUCUCUCCUGCUCCUGUACCUCAAUGCUGAUACCUUCACCCUGACAGUUCCAGUGAGUGGGUGACAUUAGCUCCUCCUGGGAGCAUUGUUAAACUAAAGAGUAAUAGCCAAAGUAGUUCAAAUACCUCUUUAAUGUGUUUUUCCUCCCAUAGCCCAUAUCUCAUGUGAUGGUAAGUUCUACGUUUUUUUAAAUAUGUAUUUUACAUAUAUGAGUGACUUGUCUUUGUAUACACACCAGAAGAGGCUAUCAAACCUAUUACAUAUUGUUAUGAGCCACCAUGUGGGUGCUGAGAAUUGAACUCAGGACCUCUGGAAGAGUAGCUAGUGCUCUUAAUCACUGAGCCGUUUCUCCAGCCCCCAAUAAGUUCUACUUUUAUUGCCCCUCAAAAACAAUUUCUAAAGAUAAAGGACUGUUUUUUAAUCUUACUUGAUAUUUUACUGCUUUGACGGGAUAUAUUUGACUUAGAUUAAUAUUUUCAGUAAGUAGAUGAAUGAAUUGUGUCCAUGAGAGAAUUAAUCUUACUAAAGGUAAAACAAGUGUUUGGAUUGUUUGACUGCAGGACCAACAUGGAAAGAAAUCUCUCCUUUGAGAUGGUAAAGUCUCACCCAGACUUGGUCAUCCACAUAAAAGACGUGACUCUCGGGGAAGAAAACCGAAAGAAAAUGGACUCGAAGAAGAGAAAUCUGGAGAAGACAAGAGUUACAGAGGCUGUCUGUGCUCUGUUAAACUCCGGAGGAGGAGUGAUUGAGAUACAAAUGGCCAACAAGAGUGAGCAGCCCGUGGAGAUGGGACUGGAUUUGGAACAGUCUUUGAGAGAGCUUAUCCAGUCUUCUGAUUGGCAGGCUUUCUUUGAGACCCGACAACGAGGGAACCAUUUUUACAUUUUUGUUAAAUCUUGGAGCCGUGGCCCUGAAAACAGUUCUUCUAAAUUUCACAUUUGCAGCCAAAACUCUUCCUUGUACUGUUGAUCUGGAACAUCAGUGAUUCCCAUGAGUUCGACAGAUGCAUUUGUAUAUCUAAAAAGUAAGAAGAAUGUUGGAUGUGGCCUGAUUGAUGGAGGAGCUCCACCUGUUAAAACUUCCAGAGUUAUGCAUCAGAACAGCCUUGAAUCAGAUCCUGCUGUUGAUAUUUUCCAAAGUGAGAAACUCGAAUAUGGUCAAAUCUUGCUUUUUCCUGAAUCUAUACAAGUAGAGUUUAAACAAUUCGAUACAAAAAAAGCCCUAGAUUACAUUAAAAAUAUAAUUCCAGAGUAUGUCUCUGCAUUUGCAAACACCAGCGGAGGCUACCUUUUCAUUGGUGUGGAGGACAAGAGUAGGAAGGUCCUGGGAUGCCCAAAAGAAAAUGUUACCCGUGACUCUUUGGAAAGAGUGACAAACGAAGCAAUAUCUAAGUUGCCAGUUUUCCAUUUUUGUUCAUCUAAAAAAAUGGUUUCUCACAAGACCAGAGUCAUAGAUGUGUUUCACAAGGGGAAUUUGCAUGGUUAUCUCUGUGCGAUCAAAGUGGAGGCUUUCUGCUGUGCAGUGUUCUCAAAAGCUCCCAUUUCAUGGAUGGUAGACAAGGAGAAUAAUGACAAGAAUGAUGACAAGAAUGAUGUCAUCCGCAGACUGACUACUAAGGAAUGGGUAGGCAUGAUGAUGGCUGCUGAUCCAGAGACAGCUUCCAACCAGUCGUCUUCCCUGGGUAACCUGUGUGAAGAUUUUGAGUGUCAGCUGAGUCUCUCCAACAGCCCUCCACGCUGCAGACCAGUGUAUUCUAAGAAAGGACUGGAGCAUAAAGUCGACCUCCAAAAGCGUUUAUUUCCAGUGUCACCAGGAUGUUUGAAAUAUACUCCUGAAUCCCUCUGGCAGGAGCUGUGCUCACAGAAUGAGGGACUGGAGGACUUAUUAAGCCAGCAAAUGUGCUCUGUCCCCUGUGGUCUGCUGAUCCUCUCGAGAAGCUGGGCUGUGGACCUGAACUUGGAAGAGAGGCAGGGAGUCAUCUGCGAUGCUCUACUGAUUGCAGAGGAUAGCCCUCCCACCCUCUACACCAUCCUUGGGCAGCAGGAUGAGGGGGCACAGGACUACUGUACCCACACUGCCUUUACUCUCAAGCAGAAGCUAGUGAACACUGGUGGCUACCCUGGGAGGGUGUGCGUCAUGACCAAGGUUCUCUGCCUGGAAUCCAAGAGCAAUGAAGAGACCAGUGAGAGGUCACCCUCUCCUAUAGAUUACCCACGUUCCUAUAACCUUGCAAACACCCAGGAAAUGGAAGCCUUGCUGCAGGCGCUUGUGAUUGUCUUGCUCAACUUCAGAUCUUUCUUGAGUGACCAGCUUGGCUGUGAAAUUUUGAAUCUUCUCACAGCCCAACAGUAUGAGAUAUUCUCAAAAAAUCUCCGCAAAAACAAGGAACUGUUUGUGCAUGGCUUACCAGGGUCGGGCAAGACAGUCAUGGCCAUCAAGAUCAUGGAAAAGAUCAGAAACACAUUUCACUGUGGAACAGAUAGAAUUCUCUACAUCUGUGAAAAUCGACGCUUGAGGGACUUUAUCAGGGCAAAAAAUAUUUGCCAGGCAGUGACCCGGAAAACUUUCAUGGAGUUUGAGACAGACAUGAUCCAACACAUCAUUGUUGACGAAGCCCAGAAUUUCCGCACUGAAGAUGGGGACUGGUAUAAGAAGGCAAAGCUCAUCACUCAGAGAGAGAAAGAUUGUCCCGGAAUUCUCUGGAUCUUUCUAGACUAUUUUCAGACCAGCCACAUGCAACAGAGUGGCCUCCCAAGUUUCUCACGCCAAUAUCCAAAGGAAGAGCUCACAAGAGUGGUACGCAAUGCAGAUAAAAUAGCUGAGUUCUUUCAGAAGAAGUUAGAGGAAAUCAGAGAUAACCCUCCAUGCAGGAUCCCUCCUGAGUCCCUGGAGAUGCUCAAUGAAUUUACCUGGACUCAUGGUGUACCUGGCAGCUUUGAGCUCAGACACUUGAACUUGAGAGAGAUUGUGAACUAUGUAGCAAAUAAGUGCAAUUCUUUCUUGAGGAGUGGCUACUCUCCCCACGAUAUCGCUGUGCUUUUCAGCACGGAAGAGGAAACAAAUAUAUAUAAAGAUCGGUUCCUGAAAGAAAUGAGGAAGAGGAGAGUGUCUCAGAUGGAUGAUGCUUUUGUCUAUCCUCCUGAUAUGUUUGACAGCAUCCGUCGAUUCUCAGGCCUGGAAAAAAGCAUUGUGUUUGGCAUUAACCCCCGUUCAGUUGAACGGGGCAUUUUCUGCAACCUAUUGCUCUGCUUGGCUUCCAGAGCAAGGAAACAUCUGUAUAUUCUGUUGUGUCCUGAUCGUUCUACUCCUAUCAGGAUGUAGCUCAAUAGCCGAAUGGGAUGCAUGAGGUCCUAGGUUCAUUUACUGCUGAUAGGAAAGCAAAACCUAGUCGAGGCUCUUCAGUAAAAGAAGAAAGAUAAGAUACAACAAAACUCUUGUCCUACAGUUUCAGAAAACGCUGGCAAAAAGAUUACCAGUGGGCACUGAAGCUCACUGUGACUCUGAGGCUGACAGAAAAGUUGAAGAAAAAACUGGGAAAAUAAUGUGCAUUUGACACAUGCUGGGAAAAUAUUGAAAACACAAAGAUUGAAACUAGAUAAAAACAAUGCAAUAUAGUAAGGCAUAUCUGAUUUUUAAAACAGGCUUCGACUUUAAAUUGAUAAAUACUUUUAUGAAAAUUUAAUGUAUUUACAGCUUUAAAGAUAAAAACUAAAAACACCCCGGUGUCUAAAGAGAAAACAUGGGCCACUCCCAGACCCAUCCAGCAGCAGCCAGAAGGCCACUGUGUGAGUGAGCAGAGGUAUGGUAUGGUGUCUUGAGUGUGUGUAUGUGUGUGUCUGUGACAGAAAGGAGAGAGGAGAGAGGAGAGAGGAGAGAGGAGAGAGAGAGAGAGAGAGAGAGAGAGAGAGAGAGAGAGAGAGAGAGAGAGAGAGAGAGAGAGAGAUAUUCAGGUCCUGUGGACAGAAGCCUAUAUGAAGAGAGGAGGAAGAGAUCAGGCUGAGAUUGUGAGGUAGCUGACCCCUUGACCAGCAGCAACACACUGGAAAGUGAGCCCUGCACUUUGUCUGGGCAGUGCAGCAGAGGUGACCCUUUUGGGGAGAGCACAGGUGAGCCCACCCUGAGGACCUGAGCAUGGGACACCUAGUCCUACCCCUCAUUUGCCACAUAGCAGCAUCAGCUGAGGAGAGAAUCCCUCCUCCUCCCAUCAAUGCCUGGGGCAGGUGGAAGAGCUGACCUGUGAUCACAAGAGCAGGAGACCUGUCCUGACCCCCACCAGCUGCAGCACUCAGGAGAGCAUCCCCUGCACCUUGCCAGGGCCGCACAAUUGAACCAACACUGUUAGGGCAGGUGUAGGAGAGUCAACACCGAAAUUGUUACUAUGGGAGAAUGUCCCGUUUCCCAUCUGGUGGGCCCAUCCUGCAGCUGCCCAGGCCCCGACUCGGAGUUAUGCCUGGCCUGUUCCAGCAUCCAUGAUCUGCUGGAGCACAGUGUGGGGACUUGACCCAUAGACCCAAAGCUGCAGGAUCUCCACAGCACAGGGCAGCAGUGGGAUGUCCAGGAGUAUCACUCAGACUUUGACAACAUAAAGGCCUCUUCCUUACAGUGAUGCUAAUUGGGAGUGGUAGGGUCUUUAGGGGAUGUCCCUGUGGAGACUCUCAGGAAAAUCCCCUAAGAGUAUAAACAGGGCACAAUAGGAGCUGUAGGACAGAAAAGGACUCAUAGUUCACCCAUCACAGAAACUUUGUCUUUUGAUUAGAAUGGAUUUAAGAGAAUUGUGAUUUCACAAACUGUGUGUUUAUGCUAGAGUUAUGGUAUUGACCUGUUAAUGUUUGUAGUUUAUUAUGAAGAUGCUACUGAUUAGAAAAAGAGUAGAGCUUGUCUGAGAAAAUUUUAAUAUGAUAUAUCCUUAGAUUUGAUAUGUUUAAAAGAACAAAUUUGGAAUUUGAUUGUAGCUACAAACUGUUAAAGAUAUU